AAUGGGUAGCUGUUUGAGUAAGAAGAGUGUGUGUGCUUCUUCUUCUUCGUCUCCGGUUGAAAUUCAAAAACCGCCGGAGAAACUGCAAUCUGAUUCCCAAUUGGAGAAGAAAGAAGCUGUGGUGAAGAAAGAGAUUUUCGUUAUCAAACACCGGAUUAGCCAUGAAAUCGAGAGGCCGAGAUCCGAUGAUGAGACCGGCGAUUUGAAGAAUGUUGAGGGUAAAAUUGGUGAGGGUUUGGAUGUUGGAAAUGGCGGCGGCGGAGGAGGAGGAGGAGGAGCGGCGCCGGUGAGGACUUCGAGCUGCACGAAGGAAGAGGUGGACGCUAUUUUGAUUCAGUGCGGGAGGCUCAGCCGCAGCUCCUCCACCGGAAAGGCCGGCCACCUCUCGUCGGAAAACGGUGGGAGAAAGUACUCUGGUUCGAAGAGGAGUUACGAUUUCGACAACGACAACGGCAGAUCUGACGGGAACAAUGUCGGGGAAGGAGACGACGACGCGGUGGCGAGGGAGAGGGAGAACCGCCGCCGCGAGCGGCACCGCCAGUCUCAGGGGCGGCGGAGGACCCCCAGUAGGGAGAGGGAAAAGGACCAGGCCGCUCAGCAGCAGCGUUCCGGCAGCAGAGAGAGGGUCGCCGGCGGCGGCGGAAGGCGGGUGAGCAGAUCUCCUGGUAGAAGAUCUGAAUCUCCAAUUACUGCAAAUUCAAAUUCAUCUUCUGCCAAUACAAAUUCCAGACCGGGGAAGAUGGUUUCGGUCCCCGCCACCGUAUCUUCAAUGGCAAUGGACAAGAGUACCAACGCCGGCGAGCCUAAUUCCGGGGCGGCGAUUAAAAGGAUCCAAGUGAAGAGGAAUGUUGGAGGAGAUGGGGCUGCUGUGGGUACAACUAGAACAGCUUCUUCUCCUCGAGCUCGAUCGCCGGCGAACGUUAGGGUUUUGAAUGAGAAUUCCAAUCAGAAUCAGCCGAUUUCACUUAGUAGAAGCAAUUCGAGGAAGGCUGAGCAUUCUCCAUACCGAAGAAACCCUCUUGGUGAAAUUGACACCAACAUUAUCUCUGCACAGGCUCCACCUAUUCAGAAGACCAACGGUGACAAGCACAUAGUACAAGGGGCCGAGAACCGAAUUAAUCAACAACAGCACCUCGUGACAGAGGAAACAAAGGGACAGUAUGGAAUUUCAGGACAUGUUGGAUUGAACGUCAUUUCUUCCGUGGGGCCCGGCGAUAACCCGAAACUGAACGCAGUCGCAAGAACAAGAUCCUCUCGACUGUCUAGAGAACUAGACAUCAACCCCGAAACCCUAUCGAACCCUAACGCACCACCAUCUUCUUCCUACACCGCGUUGCUUCUAGAAGACAUCCAAAACUUCCACCAAAAGAACACCACACCAUCGCCGCCACCUCCUUCGUUCUCUCUCCCGGAGUGCUUGACCAAAGCAUGCUCGAUCCUCGAAGCGGUUGCUGACCUCAACUCAAGCACUGGCGAGAACAAGCCGGGUUUAGCAGUGAGGAAAACGGUGAAAACAGACCCCACCAUUGUGGAAUCCGAGGUUGUUGUGAACGAUGAUUUGAUGGAGCCGAGUUUUCACAAGUACGUUACGGUGAAAAGGGGAGGCACGAUUGGGGUGGGAGAAGACGAUGAAGAUUUUGAAGAGCAAGAAUCUUCCGGAAGUAAUAGCGUUGUUGUUGGGAGUCAACAGCAACAAUGGCUGUCUUCUUCUGGUUGGGAGCCUAAUUCUGCCGAGUCAACCGAUCGGUGGACUUGUUCUUCUUCUGCUUCUGCUUCUUCGAGUGGAAAGAGAGUAGUGAGUGCUAAGAAGAGGAAUUCUCAACAUAGUGGAAUCGGGAGGGGCAGAAUCGGAACCGGUGGUGUGACGCUGCAAGAUAAUGUUGUGUUUCGAGUUUGAUUUUAAAUAUGUGGAUGUUGUAUUUGUUUUAGUUUGUUCAAUGGUUCUUUACAUAGCUGUUUCUUUUUACCAGUUCUUUAUCUUGUUAACUGGAAAAAACUUGAGCUGCUUUAACAGUUUGUAUCAUUUCAUUUUGUUGUAAAAUGAAUUAAUGAAUUAUGACGGUGAGAGAUGAGAAUUAAGUUUGAUA